AUGAGCGACUGGAAGAGACCUUCGUCGAUAAGUCGUCCGACUGAAGCGCCCAACGGACAGCAGAAAUGGCUCCAAGUGAGUGUAAUGCGGAAAACGGGAAGGCAAAGACAGAUUUCAGGGGAAAGAUUUCCUUUUGGAGGUGGAAAACCGGCAAUUACGGCAGAAAGUGGCGGAAGGAAUCCACGGUUACGGAGGCCGAAUUAUCGAUUCGUUCGAUGAUCAGACGCCGUUCGUCGUCAUUUCCGACCACGUGCUUGCGUCUCGAGUCGAAAAAGAUCGAGAGGCGAUGAAUGUGAACGAACGGGUACCGUUUAGAUUUAGAUCAGGCCCGGCCCAAAUGUUUCAAAAACUUGUGGCUGAUCUUGCUCCAACUGUACUAAUUCGAUCCGAUCCUAACUAUGAAGCAUUCUGGUGACAAGUUUUAGACCGGUCAUUCGAGAUUUGUGGAUCAGAUGCCGAACGGCCGAGUUUAGUGCAUCGGUCUAAAAUUUGAAUCCAGUAAGCUCCAAUCAAAGUCCAAGAAGCCUGCAAAGUUUGGGUCUGAGUGGAAAAUUGCAACUAUUAUAGGGGCUCCGGACAGAAAGGGCGCGCUGUUCGCAUUCUGGCCGAAUUUCUAGGCCGCGAAGUAAAUUUCCACUGAAGAUGUGGCCUAACUUUUCAAACUCGGCCCCGAGGUCGCUCAAUUUGCACUGCAAAAAGAGUUUCUCAACAGAGCGUCAUUUCUGUGAUGUGCCCCUAUAAUAGGUGAAAGGUUAGGCUUCAAGGUUAGAGUCGGUUUUUUGCCCAGCCCUGAUUCCAAUCAAACCGACCGUAUUCAGACAGUGAAAGCGAUGCCGGCGUUGCUGAGAGAAGCCCUUCGCAGAAAGAUCAAGGUGUGCAUCUUUCCUUUCUGAUUUAUUCUUUCCUAUUUCAGAUCCGAACUCCACAAACAUUCCUGGGGAACAUGAAUGCGUAUGCGGAAAAGCAGAAAAAAGGAAUGUCGGCGACGAAUUCGCACAGUACAAUGCGAGGGAAACCGACGCUCGGAAGGGAGAACUCCGUGCAGGCCGGACAUCCGCAGAGAGUGAUUCCAUCGACAUCCCGGAGGGACCAGCACGACAUUCGUCCGAAGACCGAGAGGACCUUCGUCCGGAUCGAUCUACCGGGGAAGAAACCCGAGAUCCGACUCGUCGAUAAGUCUUCGUUCAACACUUUAUACGCAGGAUUCGACGCUGGAUUCUCGAUUUUCAAGCCGGCGGAAACAGCGCUCAUCGGACGAAGAGUGAAGGAAUUCGAGGAUUUUAUAAAAGGAAAGUAUGAGCCGACGAAGAAGAGCUUCAAAUUGGAUGAAAAAGAUGAUUACUGUGCGCAUUGCGGGAAGAAGUUUUCGGGAGAACGGAGAGAAGUGAGGGGACUUUCAUUUGACAGAAUACAUCUUAUCCAUUUCAGCACGAGAAAACCGACGAGCAUCGGCACAAAGCGAGGACGAGAGGAGUAGCGGCGGCGCUGGAAAGGGUAGUGAUGGAAGAGAAGCAGAGAGCACAGAUGAAGGAGAAACAUGAGCAAAAGAAAAAAAUGGUGGCGGAACAACGGACGGCGAUGAAGGAAACAUCGAAGAGGGCGAGCGUGGAGAGCGACUACGGAGAGAACGAAUUGAGAGUGAAGUGGACGGAAAUGACAGCGAUGAUGAAGUCGCCGGAGAACGGAACAGGUAGGAAACGAACGAUUUAUUCAGUUGGGGUAAUAGUGGCAGACACUGUGAUAGCAGAUGGCGUCGAAGUCCUCGCGGGGGUAGCAGUCGAACGGAUUGGAGCACGUUGAGCCGGUGUGACGGGCGGAGCACAGAACUAGAAUGAGCAGGAGAAGCAGCAGCUGAAACUUUAAAAAGUUAUAAAAACAAAAACCAGGAACUUACGAUCGUCUUCAUUUUCCGAACAGCGAACUCGUUUUUUGGUGUUUUCCUGGUCAGACAGAUCUAAUUUAUACCGUCGAGAUCACAUGUCUCCUCUCUCUCUCUCUUUCUCACUCUCUCAUCCUAAUCAAAUUAUUAAAUCACGUCCCUCCUCAAUAGUUUAUGAUCUUUGGCUGAAACAGACAUUACUUUCAGUCACUUUUCAGACCAGUCCACUCGUCGCCGUCAGAAACGCAUUCGCUACAGUCAAGGUUACGGAGACACUAAUUUCGUAUAG